AUGGAAGCCUCGUACAUUUUGUGUGGUGGCGUUUCCACCUUGGCAUUGAAGUCUCCGGGAAGCCUGAGCCUACGCUUGCGUCCCAAUGAAUCGAUUUCUCUGUACAGCUACAGCCGCAAUAAUGGGGUAUUCUUUAGUUCCCGGUUCCCACGUCGGAUUUUGGCCAGCAGAAGCAGUGGCACAGAGGUUGUAAGUACGAAGAGAAGAUCCCGCGAGAAUAGAGAAGAUAGUGGUUCGGCGAGCAAGAAAAGCUUCAAGAGGGUAGCAGAAUCUUCAGAAUCUGGUAGACAAUUGGGUGCCCAAAGAAAUGGGCCGGUGAGCGUGCGUGCUCUGUAUCAGAACGGAGACCCAUUAGGGAGGAGGGAUUUGGGUAAAGGAGUGGUGCAAUGGAUAUGCCAGGGCAUGAAAGCAAUGGCUUCGGAUUUUGCCAUGGCGGAGAUGCAGGGGGAAUUUUCGGAGCUCAAACAGCGAAUGGGGCCGGGUUUGACAUUUGUGAUUCAGGCUCAGCCUUACCUCAAUGCCAUCCCCAUGCCCCUUGGCCUCGAGGCCAUAUGCCUCAAGGCUUGCACUCAUUAUCCUACCCUCUUUGACAAUUUCCAGAGAGAGCUCAGAGAUGUUCUCCAGGAUCUCCAGCAGAAGUCAUUGAUUUCGAAUUGGCGUGAAACUGAGUCAUGGAAGCUGCUCAAGGAACUUGCCAAUUCUGCUCAGCACAGAGCCAUUGCUAGGAAGACUACCCAAUCGAAGUCUGUUCAUGGUGUUCUUGGACUGGACCUGGAGAAAGUCAAAGCCAUUCAGAACAAAAUUGAUGAAUUUACCAAGCAGAUGUCGGAUCUGCUGCGUGUAGAAAGGGAUGCUGAACUGGAAUUUACACAGGAGGAGCUGAAUGCUGUUCCUACACCUGAUGAGAAUUCCAAUUCGUCAAAACCAAUUGAAUUUCUGGUUAGUCACCCACAGACUGAGCAAGAACUCUGUGAUACUAUCUGUAAUCUGACUGCAGUCAGCACAUCAACAGGGUUAGGAGGAAUGCAUUUGGUUUUGUUCAAAGUUGAGGGAAACCACAGAUUGCCUCCCACUAACCUUUCUCCUGGAGACAUGGUUUGCGUGAGAACAUGUGAUACUAGGGGGGCUGGCACAACAUCCUGCAUGCAAGGGUUUGUUAAUAAUUUUGGAGAGGACGGAUGUAGCAUCAGCGUGGCUCUUGAAUCCCGUCAUGGUGAUUCCACCUUUUCUAAGCUUUUUGGCAAGCAUGUCCGUAUAGACCGCAUUCAUGGAUUGGCUGAUACAAUCACAUAUGAGCGCAAUUGUGAAGCCUUGAUGAUGCUUCAGAAGAAAGGUUUGCGGAAGAAAAAUCCUUCAAUAACUGUUGUGGCCACAGCAUUUGGAGAUAAAGAAGAUGUUGCAUGUAUGGAAGGCAAUAAAUUGGUAGAUUGGGCUGAAGAGGAUUUGAACGGGUUGUUAGACACUGGAUUUUAUGACACCUCCCAGCGAAAAGCAAUUGCACUAGGUCUGAACAAGAAGCGGCCAAUAUUGAUAAUUCAAGGGCCUCCUGGGACUGGAAAGACAGGUGUACUGCGGGAAAUAAUUUCGGCCGUCAUUAGACAGGGUCAAAGGGUGCUUGUUACAGCACCUACAAAUGCAGCUGUGGACAAUAUGGUAGAAAAACUAUCUGAAAUUGGAGCUAAUGUUGUGAGAGUUGGUAACCCAGCCCGAAUAUCCCCUGCUGUAGCUUCAAAAUCUUUGGUUGAAAUUGUAAACACCAAACUUGCAGAUUUUAAAUCAGAAUUCGAGAGGAAGAAAUCUAAUUUAAGAAGAGAUCUUAGUCAUUGUCUGAAGGAUGAUUCUCUUGCUGCUGGCAUACGUCAGCUUCUGAAACAGUUGGGAAAGACAAUGAAGAAGAAGGAGCGAGAAACAGUGAGAGAAAUACUAUCAAGUGCUCAAGUUGUGCUUGCCACUAACAUUGGAGCGGCCGACCCACUUAUUAGAUGUCUUAACUCUUUCGAUUUGGUUGUUAUCGAUGAAGCGGGUCAAGCCAUCGAACCUUCUUGCUGGAUACCAAUAUUGCUGGGCGAGCGUUGUAUUCUUGCUGGAGACCAAUUCCAGCUUGCCCCAGUCAUCUUAUCUAGAAAAGCCUUGGACGGUGGUCUUGGGGUAUCUUUCCUUGAGAGAGCAGAAACUUUUCAUGAAGGGGUUCUUGCAGCCAAGUUAACAACACAGUAUAGGAUGAACGAUGCAAUAGCCAGCUGGGCUUCAAAGGAGAUGUAUAACGGAUUACUGAAGUCCUCCUCGACUGUUACUUCUCAUCUCCUUGCUGAUUCUCCGUUUGUCAAGCCAACAUGGAUAACACAAUGUCCAUUGCUAUUGCUCGAUACAAGGAUGCCAUAUGGAAGUUUGUCCAUUGGCUGUGAAGAGCAGCUAGACCCAACUGGCACAGGCUCCUUUUACAAUGAAGGGGAAGCAGACAUUGUCGUACAACAUGUCUUUUCUUUGAUUUAUGCUGGAGUUAGCCCCACAGCCAUCGUUGUGCAGUCUCCUUAUGUUGCUCAAGUGCAACUCUUAAGAGAUAGGAUUGAAGAGUUUCCAGUAAGCUCUGGCGUCGAAGUGACAACUAUUGAUAGCUUUCAAGGCCGUGAAGCAGAUGCCAUGAUUAUAUCAAUGGUUCGUUCAAACAACAUGGGAGCUGUUGGGUUUUUAGGAGAUAGCCGGAGAAUGAAUGUAGCCAUAACAAGAGCACGUAAGCAUGUGGCAGUUGUUUGUGAUAGCUCAACAAUAUGCCAUAAUCCCUUUUUAGCCAGGUUGCUGCGCCAUAUUAGAUAUUUUGGUCGGGUGAAACACGCUGAUCCUGGCACUUUUGGUGGAUCUGGCCUUAGCAUGAAUCCAAUGUUGCCUUCAGUUAGUUAA